AUGGUUCAGUAUUUCGCUGUUUUUCUGAUUCUCUAUUUUUUGGGCGGCUCUCUGGGAACAAUCACCUCACCUCAGCAACAAAACGCCUCAAAGUUAAAAGACUUAUGCCAGGUAAGACAUGCAUAAAGAUAUAAAAAGGAGAACUUAGAUUAGGUACACCCAGAAACCGGUUUAUUAUCCUCACGUCGUUAUCAUCAUUUACUUAAAACUACCCGUUAAAAGUGUAAGGCAGUUUCUUUAAAUGUCCUCGCUUCAGCAUGAUCUUUCCUCGGAGACCUUAAACCUGUCCAUUGAUUACUGUUAAUUUUCUCUGAUUCCAUCCACGUCCAUUCGAGGCGAGAUAACACUUUAAAGAGGAUUAUGAUAUCCAAGGUCCAUUCCGUGCCUCGAAAACAAGGACGACGGCCAACGGGUAUAAACUUUGUCCACUUUGGUCUGAAAUCAUUAUUUUCGAGUGAGCCUCUGGCGUGUAUAAAAGUAUUUAUCGUUUCAUUUCCAAAUGAAAAGGAAAGAGAAAUAAUCAUGCGAAUUCUUUUUUGUUGCUGUUCUAAAUUAAUCUACUAAGUAUAAAUGAUGAAAUGCGUAAUUUAAGCCGUAGAGACAAGGCCUGAAAACUGUUAUGGAUUUUACAGGCCAAGUCUGAAAACGGGUGUAAAAAAUGACGUGUUUUGGUCUGAAAUAGAGUCAGGAUUUGGAGAACCGGGCGGCACACCCUGCCACUGAAGAAUUCCCAGGAGUACCCCCCUCCCCUCCCGAGUUAUUUAAGAUCCCGUGUCGUCUUUGUCUCUGCUAAUUACAAGGGAUCGUUACUUUCAGCAAUCUAUGCUGAGUUUCCCUGGUAUUCCAGGAUCAAAUGGUAUACCGGGAAUGCCGGGCGUCCCGGGGCUACACGGACCCCAGGGAAGGGAAAGUGCAAAAGGGCACAUAACGCCGAGAUAACGCUUUAAAUAGGAUUAUGGUAUCCAAGGUCCAUUCCGUGCCUCGAAAACAGGGAAGAUGGCUGGCGGGUAUAGACUUUGUUCAUUUUGGUCUGGAAUCAUUGUUUUAAUUUGAGGAAAGUACGAGCGUGUAUGAACGGAGUUACCCUUUCAAUUCUAAAUGAAAAGGAAAGAGGAAUAAUUAUGCAAAUUAUUUUCCGUUGCUGUUCUAAAUUCUUAGAGACAGAAAUUCCCAGGACUACCCCUCUCCCCCCCCCGCCCCCCGCCCGAGUUAUUAAAGAUCCCGUGUAGUCUUUGUCUCUGCUAAUUGCAAGUCAUAUUUUCUUUUAUUUCAGCGAUCUAUGCUGGGUUUCCCUGGUAUUCCAGGAUCAAAUGGUAUACCGGGAGUGCCGGGCGUUCCAGGGCCACACGGACCCCAGGGAAGGGACGGUGUAAAAGGACAAAUUGGUGAUAAAGGAUCGCAAGGAAUUCCGGGUCCAAGAGGAAACAGAGGGCGCGAAGGACCUCCUGGGAAGAGUGGACCCCGAGGAAUUAAGGGAAUAAAAGGUCAACAAGGACUUCUGGGAAUGAAAGGAGAGCAAGGAGCUGUGGGAAUGAAGGGAGAGCGAGGCAUUGUGGGAAUGAAAGAAGAGCAAGGAGCUGUGGGAGUGGAAGGAGAGCGAGGCAUUGUGGGAAUGAAAGGAGAGCAAGGAGCUGUGGGAAUGAAAGGAGAGCGAGGCAUUGUGGGAAUGAAAGGAAAGCGAGACGUUGUGGGAAUGAAAGGAAGAAAAGGAGACAAAGGAGAGAAAGGAGAAAGCGUCAAAGCAAGUCAAGCAAGUGUAGUACCACAAACCAACUGGAAACAAUGUGUCUGCAAAUCACACAGCAAUACUGAUAACGGAAAGAUUAAGGUAAUUAGAAUAAGAAUCAUAACACACUCCUAAGAAAAUUUGUUCUUUUUUGAAUUAAAAUAUUUCAAAGAAGAACGUCCCCCCUCUCAUUCACCGUUUGCCAACACAUUACAUAAAUAACUAUUUAGUUACGUUUCCCUCAAUUUUGGUUCUUUUUGAACGAAAAAUGAAAAACCAUUGUGCGUGAUAAAAUGAUUCCUGGGCAUAUGGAUAAAGACAAGAAAAAUUUAAGCUAUUACAGAGUUUUUAAAAAUUAGGAAGUAGUCAUGACUGGAGUUGUUAAUAUCAAUCAUUACACACGGUUGCUCGCCUUACUACAAUAUGUUUGAUUUGUUUGCUUUUAUUUCAGGACUGUGCGUUUAACAAACUACAGUCUAAUUCAGCGCUGAGAGUCUCAUUCCAGGGAAACAUGGGGGUCUUUGGAAGUAGUGCUAAGUGUAACCGGUGGUAUUUCAAGUUCAAUGGAAAUGAAUGCAGUGGACCAAUGGCGAUUGAGGCUGCUGUUUACAACCACUGGCCAUCUGGGACCCCUACUCUCCUGCGCCAUCGGUCAUUUGAGGGGUACUGUGAAAACAUUCCACAAGGAGCUGUUAGAGUAGAAUUAUGGGUAGGACUGUGUAGUCGCCAAAACCUGGGUGAUGCUGACACUGGGUGGAAUUCAGUAUCCCGGAUAAUGAUUGAAGAAGUAUCUAGGCCCCAGUCCUAAUGAGGGGAGUCUUUAACUUCAGCGCUGUUUCAAUUUCCUUAGAAUAGCCAGGAGCCCAUAACCCGGAGCGUUCAACUGCCAUAAAUUGGUGCAACGGCGCUUUUACAAGUGAGUUUAUUUUUAGAUAAGCUUUUCCCGCGAAAAAUAACUGUUCCACGAGGUCAAUUCCUUCAUUUGAUCGUCGUUUGGACUGUUUGUAGCUCGCUUGGACACUCGGCUAUUUCGAAGAUGAUUUCCCUUCAAUUCCCUUUGCGUGAAUAAAGCGUUGUCGCCGAUGAAGUAGACGUCCUGGCUAGGUUUUGCAAAUCUUGUUCUGAACUGCUAGUUUCCGUUUAAAUACUGAAAUUGUCGUUUGAAGUACUGUCAGAAGACUCCUCUGAAGAUUCCUCAAGUGUGUCCGCCAUGUUUUUUUCAAUGUGAAGGAGUUGUCCUAGUUACGUAUUAAAAGUUUAUCAUUGAUGAAGCAAUUGCUAGUGAUUGGCUUUUCGAAAGCAAUUCGCGGGAAAGGCUUAUCUAAAAAUAGACCUACUUGUGAAAACGCCGUUGCAUAGGCGCAGUAUGGAAGUUAGACGCUCCGCGUUAUGGGCUCCUGGAAUAGCGUUCUACAAAUAUAGACUGUAAAGCGCAAGGUGCGAAAGUAUUGUUUUUGGUUAUUUUCUUUUUAGUCCUUUGUGGCUGCUUUCGUCGUAUAUCAGAUUGUCAAUGGUAAACUAUAAUAACAGUCUCAAGAUUUUGUAUUAUUAUGUCGGCAUGUUAGUCCUGCGCAGCAGUUCUUUGUUUUGUCACGCAGUGCUUUUCUAGCUUUUUUGCGGGGAGGCACCUUUCGUGACGACACAAUAACCGGCUGAGCCUGUAGGGGAUUGGUCUCCGAUGCAGCCGUUUUGUCUUGUUACGCACGCACCGCUACUUCUCGUUGCUUGACGACACAAAAUGGCUGUGAUUAAGGGCGAUUGAUUGGCAAUACUGUUUGUGGGUGAUCUGUUAUGGAUGCAAAAUAUAUCACUACAGCUUCAGGGGAACCCAUUCUCUCUCGGGUUACCAUGCAUACCAUCAGAUUGUCGGUUGUUUCCUAAGUCUAUAAUAUGUAGUCAAAGUAAAGGCCGUGAUAUAAUCUUUCAUCUCAACGAAAAAAAAAAACUGCGGAAGAGGUAACCUUCGCAUUUAAAAUGUUUUCGUCUGGAAAAUCCGGAAGUGGAAACGAUUUAAUUAAAUCGUGCUUAAUUAAAUCAAAAGGCACGAUUCCUUUUGUAGCCAAAGCGGUUCGAGGCAAGACCAUUGUUAAAGGCGGAUUAGAUUUCGAGGAUUAAAAUCGCACCUUAUAAAAUUUAUAUGAAUUAUCUAGGAAGAUGAAUAUGAUGACAGAAUAACUUGAUUAUCUCUAGCAUAAGUGGCAAGCGUUCGAAAGGGAAGGGAAGGGAAUUUAAGAGCGAGACCGCGCUCGAGGGAGAAGUGAGGAGAGGAACGCGUUCUCCUUCCUCAUUCCUCGAGCGCCCUUCCCGCUUCUCACACACCCAAAAUCUCCUUUUCCUUCCCUUUGGAACGCCUGGCACGCAGGCUAGAUUAUCUCUCAAAUAGUGGAAAAAUGGAAUGCUUUUAUUCGUAACAUUGAGAUUCUUGUCAAACCUUCGCAUUACCUUAAUAGCAUCUUUGUUUUAUUUCUUGCAUGUCAGUUUAGUUUGCUUCAAUGUGUCAUGCAUUAAUUAAUCAAAGCUUUCAAUCAUUGUUUCAAUAAAAGACAUUGUCUUACAGUAUGUACAAAGCUUGUCCAUUAUUUUUCUUAACAAACGAGAUUGAACUUCUUAUGUCGGCUCCUUAACAGAGAAAUUUCCGUACAGUCUCACAAUAUCGAUCUAUCCAAUGCAGCUAUUUACAGCCCCGUCUGUUCGAGUGUAUUUAUCAAGAAAGAAGUCCCCAGAGUUUCUUAACUUUGAAAAUGAAAGGAGGGGGGGGGAGGGAUCACAAUCAUUUGGAUACCUAAAUCAUCAGUACCGUAUGGGUAUACCCAGUAGGGGAUACCGUAUGGGUAUACCCGAUAGGGGAUACCGUAUGGGCAUUCCCGGUUCGAUCCCGGUAGGGGAUGCCCAUACCGCAAGUUAUAUAAAGUUAAGUUAUGCCGGACCGUCGCAGCACGAACUUCCGUCAAGAGUACAAUUCCUUUUAAUUAGCAAGGCUUUUAUUGCUUUGAACGUUUUUAUUCCAAAGUUUAACUACUUUAUCCUUUUCUGUGUUUUUUAUGGUUUCCUUGAAAAUACUGACACUUUUGUCUUAGCCUGAUAGCAACUGAUCGCCCUUGGAGAGUUAUCUUUUCUAUCAUCCUAACCUACGUUUCCUCGAUGUUUCAGCCGAAGGUGAACUAAUAAAAGGUUAGAAUAGCGAAAAAAAAAAGGGUCAAGUGACUAAGUUGGGAUCGCAAAAAUUACAUAUUUGCCCAAAAGUGACUAAGAUGGGGUCUAUAAUUGGCCACAAAAUAGACUAUAAUGGGGUAGGGGCUCGGAGAGGCCAGUGGCACAUACCCAACAAAAAUUUACCCAAGUACCCAAGCCUUGUUUCAGCUCAGUGAAGGUCAGUCGCGACCCUGAAACUGAAGUCAUAAAGCAAUUUACUACAAUGUAACCCCGUCAAUGCGAUCACCGUUGGGCUAUAAAAUCCUGAUCGUAAUAAUGGGGUGGUCGCUUUAAUGGGCGAUUUUCAAAACAAUAAAAAAAAGUCAGCGAUUUCUACGUUUGUAUGGAGAGAAUAUGAUCUUCAACGAGGUGGUCGCAUGGCGGGGCUCCACUAUGUUGCUAUUAAAUCAUAAAGCAAGUUACGUUUGUAAGCUUUUGUACUUUAAAAUAAUACAUCAGUGUACAUGCAUUUGUGGUUGUGAGAUUAGCGAGUUGAAAGCAUGUCAGACAAUAACGAAUGGGUUUAACUUUUAUAAAAAGAGAAACCAAAAGUCACUCGUCUUUGGGUGUUCGCAUUGCACGACUUAGUUGAGUAGAAUAUAAUAAAAGGUAUAAAAAAGUUGUAAUCCAUUAUCAUUUGUUGUGCUGCUGUUUAAAGGCUGAUUUAAGCGUAGCGGUUGUAAGCCCGAUUUCCAAAUAAAAUAUAUGGUGAUGCAACAGUUUAUUUUAGUCUAUCCGGUUUUUGGCCAGUUUUUAUCUUUUCGUUUUUCUUUCGAAAAAUCAUAGUGUGAAAACCGGGUUAAAGCUCUCCAGUUACAAGAGCAAGUUCCUCCUUUCUCCCGCCAUUGUUGCUUAAGCUCUAUUAUGUUACUUGCUGCUUGACUCACAAUUUUGUUAUCGCUCAGUGAGGACUGGCUGCCUCUAACAUAAAUAAAUCGCUACUGUGCAUGUUUUGCAGCAAGUAUACGUUUCAAAAAGUAGGGUCACGUUCUCCAUAAUGUAACGUCUGCUACAGCAAAAAUAUGUACGAAGAUGGGGAGGCCGCCCCUGAGGACUAACCCAUUAACCCUUAACAUAUCAUUUUCGACAGAAAAGCCGGGGUACCCUUUCGUAUCCCGUCUAUUGGCCUGAACCAAUGUCGGCAAACACCGUAGAAGCCCCCCUCUCCAGUUAUGGGCCCAUAUUAUGCCGGUAAACGAAAAAAAAAAUAAAUCCGAAUAUAAGCCCCACCGGGUAUAAUUAGCUCCCCUCUUGCUUGAACUGAAUUGAAUUCGAUUUAUAAUGACGUUUUGAAACCUUUAUUAACGACCAGUAAAUGCAAAAACAUCUAUUUUGAUCAGCAAUGCUACAACUUAUUUCGAAGCGCGUUUUUCUAUGCCAUCAGUAAGCCCCCACGGGUAUUAAAGCCCCCCCGUUUGAACGCUUUUGUAUAAGGAACAGUUUAUGGUAAUAGUUUAAUACUGAAGACGCUCUGUUAAGAAUAAGCUACAUUUAACAGGACUGGAUGUAACUCGAUGUCGAUGAACUUUGUGCCCGGCACGAACCAUACAAACGUCCUAUAAAAUUUCGCGCGACUUUGAGGAGCUCUAUCUUGGCCACUUGUCAACAAAUCACUUUCAAAGCUUGGCAAUUUUACUAAUUUUAAGGCAUUUCUUUUCAGUGGUGCCAACUGCUUAACUUCUCCAUAUCAAAAGUUGACAAAAAGAAAAGAACGUGGAAUAGUCUGUCCUGAAUUGAAAGAUGUACCCUGUUGGGGAACCUCCCCGUAUAGGUUAUUGUAGGGAACCCCCAACCCCCCUUCCCACCACUUCUCCAAGGUAUAAGAUAUGAGUGUUUAAAAAUAAACACACAGACAUUAGACACGUUGAGGCUUGCUUAGUUGGAGCUUAAUGGACCCGCCACUUUUUCUGAUAUAACAACGUAACAUAGCCAACUUGGACUGAAGGCAAAGUAUUAUUUUUGGCGCUCUAAAGAGGAAAGGCAUCGGGUACCGUUAGAAACGAAAAGUCGUGAUAGCAUGCAUAAAACGUUGUUGCUUUUGUAACAAUUUAUGUUCUGUGAUUCGAUUUAUUUUUGGAACGUUCAUCUAUUGACCCUGUUUCAGUACUCUGAAGAGGGCUUAUAGGCAGGGAAUAAGAAGAUGCAAAAAAAUUGCCAUAAAAGGAAAAACAAACAAGCAAAAACAAGCAAACAAUAUACAGGAAAAGAGGUUUUACUUAAAAUAUUUGCUAUAAAAUGAAUGAGCACGUAGCACUGAUUUCAGAAUACGCUCUGUUCUAGUUCUACUCUCAUCGCCAUGGUCCAGUAUUUCGCUGUUUUCCUGAUUCUCUCUUUCUUUGGCGGCUUACUGGGAACAACCACCUCACCUCAGCAACAAAACGAUUCAAAGUUAAAAGACUUAUGCCAGGUAAGAAAUGCAUAGAGAUACAAAAAAAAAAACGAGAACCGCGCCGUACAUUAGGUACACCCAGAAACUGUUUUACUAGUCUCAUGUCGGUUAUGAUGAUUUAGUAAAUAGUACCCGUUAAAAGUGUAUAGCAGUUUAUUUAAAUGUCCUCGCUUCAGCAUGAUCUUUCCUCGAAAACCUGAUGCCUGUGCAUUGUUAGCUGUUAAUUUUCUCUGAUUCCAUCAAAGUCUACUCGAGGCGAGAUAACACUUUAAAUAGGAUUAUGAUGUCCAAGGUCCAUUCCGUACCUCGAAAACAAUGGAGACGGCUGGCAGGUACAGACUUUGUUCAUAUUGGUGUGGAAUCAUUGUUUGCGAGGGAGCUACGGGCGUGUAUGAACGUAUUUAUCGUUUCAAUUCCAAAUGAGAAGGAGAGAGAAAUAAUUAUGCGAAUUCUUUUUCGUUGCUGUUCUUAAUCUAAGUAAUGGUGACAUGCAUAAUUUGUUAGAGGAAAGGUCUGAAAACUGGUAUGAAUUUUAGAGUCUGAAAACGAGUGUAAAAAUGACGUGUCUGAAAAAGAGUCAGGAUUUAGGGAACCGGGCGGCACAUCUCCACCAAAAAUUCCGAGGAGUACAUUCCCCCCCACCCCCCUCCACGAGUCAUCUAUUAUCGUCUCUGCUUAUUGCAAGUCAUCUUUACUUUCAGCGAUCUAUGAUGGGUUUCCCUGGUAUUCCAGGAUCAAAUGGGAUACCGGGAGUGCCGGGCGUCCCGGGGCCACACGGACCCCAGGGAAGGGAAGGAGUAAAAGGACAAAUUGGUGAUAAAGGAUCACAAGGAAUGCCGGGUGCAAGAGGAGACAGAGGGCGCGAAGGACCCCCUGGGAAGAGUGGACCCCGAGGAAUUAAGGGAAUGAAAGGUCAACAUGGACUUCCGGGAAUGAAAGGAGUGCGCGGAGCCGUCGGAAUAAAAGGAGAGCGAGGCAUUGUAGGAAAUCCAGGAAGAAAAGGAGACAAAGGAGAGAAAGGAGAAAGCGCCAAAGCAAGUCAAGCAAGUGUAGUAACACAAACCAACUGGAAACAAUGUGUGUGGAAACGAGACACCAGUACUGAUAAAGGAAAGAUUAAGGUAAUUAGAAUAAGAAUCAUAACACACUCCAAACGAAAGUAAUUCCUCUCUAAAUCAAAAUAUUUCAAAGGCGAACGUCUACCUUCUCACUCACCAUUUGCCAACACAUAACAUAAAUAACUAAGUUACAUUUCUCUCUACUUUGGUUCUUUUUGAACGAAAAAAGGGAAAACAAUCUUGGGUGAUAAAAUGAUUCCUGGCCAUAUGGAUAAGGACAACGAAAAUUGAAGUUAUUACAUAGUUUUUAAAAAAUUAGAGAGUAAUCUUGACUGGAGUUGUUAGCAUCAAUCAUUACACACUGUUGAUCGCCUUGCUACAAUAUGUUUGAUUUGUUUGAUUUUAUUUUAGGACUGUGCGUUUAACAAACUGCAGUCUAAUUCAGCGCUCAGAGUCUCAUUCCAGGGAAACAUGAGGGUCUAUGGAAGUAGUGAGAAGUGUAACCGAUGGUAUUUCAAGUUCAAUGGAAAUGAAUGCAGUGGACCAAUGACGAUUGAGGCUGUUGUUUACAACUGGUGGCCAUCUGGGAGCCCUAAUCUGCUGCAUCAUCGGUCAUUUGCGGGGUACUGUGAAAACAUCCCACAAGGCGCUGUUAGAGUGGAAUUAUGGGUAGGACAGUGUGGUCGCAGCUACACCUUGGGUGAUGCUGAAACUGGGUGGAAUUCAGUGUCCCGGAUAAUGAUUGAAGAAGUAUCUAGGUCCCAGUCCUAA